GCAGUCCGGUGGCUGCGGUGAGGUACCUGGGCUCCUGAAGGGCGGGCGGAUAGGUCGUAACCGCCUCCGCUGGCGGAUUCUACCCUGCGGCCAGUCUCUGCAGCAACCAGCCAGCUGAGGCAUUCUCCGCUUAGUGCCUCCAGCAAGGCUCAGCUCUUUCUGCUUCCUCCGCCUUUGCUGUUCCCACGUCUUUGCGGUGAAGUCACCUUUGGGUUUCGAGAGCUUGGGGCGUGAGGCCCAAACUCAGGACAAUAACCCCCCCACCCUUUUCUUUUCAUCGUCUUCUUUCUUUCCACUACCGAAUCACUUGGCCUUUGAGUUGGCCUGCUUGGCGGUGCCUUGAGACCAAGUUCGGGCGGUAAAGGUAACCGUGGGGAAAGCGGCCCCCCAGUGGACAAAGGCGGAGGCAAGAAUAGAGCAGGCCUAAGAGCCGCAGGCUAUGAGAAUAGGCAGUUGAGUGGGUGAACGAGGAAAAAAAAAAAAACAGUACUGCGGCUUUGGAAGGCACUAGAAGGACUUGUUGCGCGAUGGAAGAAGCUGACUCUGAGAAAAAGAUGGAGAAGGAGAAUCUGGGGCCAAGAAUGGAUCCUCCACUAGGGGAACCAGAAGGAUCGCUUGGGUGGGUGCUACCAAAUACAGCCAUGAAGAAAAAGGUGCUGUUGAUGGGUAAAAGUGGGUCUGGUAAGACCAGCAUGAGGUCUAUUAUCUUUGCAAAUUAUAUUGCCAGAGACACACGUCGCCUUGGUGCAACAAUACUAGACCGUAUACAUAGUCUUCAAAUUAAUAGCAGUUUGAGCACCUACUCUCUCGUAGACUCUGUUGGAAAUACAAAGACAUUUGAUGUAGAACAUUCUCAUGUUCGAUUUCUGGGAAACCUGGUUUUGAACCUGUGGGAUUGCGGUGGGUAAGUACUUACUUGUUUGUGAAGCCAGUGGCAAUAACCAUGGCAUCUAGUUUAAUCAGCAUGGCAAAUAUACCCAGGGUAACUAUUAUUUGUAAUAGAUACAUUGGAUAGAAAUUACUUCAUAAUUGGUACUUGAUUAAAUAAAGAUCUCUGAGUUUUGUGAAAAUACCCUUUUAUAUGACAUGUUUCAGUAGCUCUGAUCCAAGCUCCAUGUAGGUAUGUGUAGUAUGGGAUAGAUUAUCCCCUCCUUUGCAGGAGCAUAAAUUAGAUUUCUUUUUUUUUACUUUAAUGAAACAUUCAGUUUAAUAGUGUAUUCUUCAGUGCAACACAAAUGAAUAAAAAGAUUUUAAGAAAUUUCUCCAUUGCUUAUUUACUACUACACAUAAACCGUU